UGAAAAUUCACUGCCUAACACCAAAGAGUAAAUUCAGAGAUGAAUCCAAUAUGAAAGAGCAGGAUCUUGAUCAUGACGUUCCCAGUAAAUCGAAUGAGUCUGAUAAAUUAUCUGCUGGGAGUGAUGUGCUUCAGUUUACUCAAGAUAUAGGCUCUAACUCGGGUCCAAGCAAAUUCGAGAUCAAGGAGAGAAGUUUCUCGGCUUCUGGAUCGAAUAACAGCUUUAGUUCAGCUGAGAGCUUUACACGAAAAGUAAAAUUUCCCUCUACAUAUCACAUAAAGAGUGAAGAAUCCAAUCACACAGGCAAACAAGUUAGAGCAAGUCCUGAUAUCGCCAAUCAUUUUGUUUCAGACCAAUCAUCCUAUAAUACAAAAGCCACAGGUUCAAUGGAGAAUCUGCAGAAUAACGGAAAAGAUUUCACAGCGUCUUCUCUAACGAAUUCCAGCUCUUCGAGGAACAUUCUAGAAGCUGCAGAAGAUACAAUUGAAGAACUCCGGAUAGAAGCAAAGAUGUGGGAGAGAAAUGCGCGGAAACUCAUGCUUGAUUUGGACAUACUGAGAGAGGAAUUCUCCGCUCAGUCCAAAAAGCAAGCCGACUUGGUAAUGGAUCUCUCAGCUGCCUAUUCUGAGCAAGGUAGCUUGAAAAAGGAGAUUGAAAAACUGAAACUAAUGUUGGAGGAGUCGACAGCAAAACACACUGCAAAGGCGGAGGAUUCAGUAUUUCAAUCAAAAAGUCAGAAUCAUAUCCAAGAAGAACUUGAAAAUGAAAUAAGACAUCAGCAAGAGUUGAAUGCCAGUUUAGCCUUACAACUGAAAGGAAGUCAAGAGUCAAAUGUCGAGCUCCUCUCGCUUCUUCAGGAGCUAGAAGAAACUAUAGAACAGCAGAAAGUGGAGAUAGAGAAAUUUUCAUCUCUGCAUCAGAGGUUAACUGACAUGAAAAAUUCUACCACAGCCGAUUUGCAAGAUAAAGUGAAUUUCUUGGACCAGUUCCAACGACAGGAAGAAUCGGAAGACACAUUGCGAAGAGACAAUGGACAACCUGAGAAAGCUAGUACUGAGCUAAUAAGAGACAUUGAAGCGUUAAGAGAGAAAGUGCAGGAACUAGAGAGGGAUUAUGCUGAGCUUACUCAGGAAAACCUCGACCUGUUAAUCAAGUUUAAGGAGUCCAAUACUGAAAUCACUAGGGAAACAACUGAAUCAAUUGAAACUGAGAAGAGUGGUAUCACGUCGCAUAUUCACUAUGACGAAGAAAAUCUUGAUAACACACUGACACACAUGGAGAAAAUUGGAGCAAAUGAAAAGUCUGAAGACUUCACUCAAUUAGUGAAGCAGCUUGAAGUAGCUUUUCACCAUCUAAAGAGACCAUGGUAUAAACUUUCUUCCGGUAUAAGUGAUAAGUGCCAAAGUCAUCUGGAUAACUUGGCAAAUUUGAGCGAGAACGGUGAAAGCUCUCACAAAGUAUCGGCUAGCUAUAUCCUUACAAAUAUGUUUGAGCUGAACCAUCUCUUAGAAACUAGAAUUGUUGAGUGCGAGGAACUUCUUAAACAGUAUGAAGAGGAGAUCCAGGAGAGAAAUAAUUCUGUUGCAGAAGCUCAAAGAAAGCUGGAAGAUUACCGUGUUGAGUUUCAAGCUCAUGAAAGCUCAAUGGCAGAACUACAAGUUCAAUGUUCAAGCCUGCUAAAGGAGUUGGAUCAAAAAGUUUCCGAGUUGGAUAAGUUACAAGCUGACUUACAAAUAAAGGAAGAGGAGAAGAACUGUCUUUCGGAGCAUCAAAGAGAAGUAGAAGCUAAAGUUGCUGAUCUUCAAAAGGAAAGGGAUGCCCAAGUUUCGGAGAACAAGCUUCUGGAAAGGAAAUUAGCACAGCUCGAAAGUGAAAGACAUAUGUUGGAGGAUCAGUUAGUAGGAUUGACAGAGAAGAACGUAAAUAUGGAAGCACAAAUUAGGCUCAUGAUAGUCGAGAGAGAAUCUCGUCAAUCAGAAUUGGAAGAAUCCAGGACUAAUGUGAUGAAUCUUCAAGAAGAAAUUUGGAAGUUGGAGAGUGAGAUGAAAACUAAAAUUGCUGAUCUCAAAGAGGAAUUAGAAGACAUGCAGAUCCUAUGGUCACAAGCUCGAGAAGAAUAUGGACAUCUCACAAACGAGAACGAAAAGUUGCAAGAAUCUUUGCAGAAUCUUCUUGAAGAGUACCAGACUGUUCAGCACUCAAAAUCGGAAAUGGAAAGAGAGAACGUGGAACUGCACGAGCGUCAUUUGCACCUAGAAGCUCAACUUCACGAAUCGCAGAAAAGCUUGUCGAAUAGCUUGAUAAAGGUUAAAGCUCUAGAAGAAAAUCUCAAUUCAAUGUGGAAAGAUUUUUCCUUGGAAGAAGAGAGACUGAAUGCUGAACUUAAUAAACUUAUUCAAGAGAACAAGAACGAAAUUGAGAAACUUGUGCAACAAGAAAGUUCGUCUAAUCAGAGGUAUUCGGAAAAGUUGACGGAAGUUGAGAGCCUCAAGAAAGAGGUAGAACAACUAACUAAGCAAAUUUCUGAAAUGGAUGAGGAAAGGAGAUUAGCUUCUGACGCUAUUCAAGACGUUUCCAUUUUGCGCGCUGAUAAUGCAAUGCUGGUGUCUGAACUUGAAGAUGUUCAAUCAAAAUUUACAUUGAUAGAGAAGGAGCUCAGUAAUGUAAGAAUAGAGUCUGAGUUGAAGAUCCAAGAUUCAAGACAAAGUUUUGAGAAGUUGAUGGUUGACCAUGAAAAGAUCUUGAAACUUCUGCCAAGUUAUAGGGCAAAUGAGGAAAAGCUUAAGACGGCGAUUAAUGAUCUUGAGUUGCAGCUGACUCUUUCGCGCUAUGAACACCAAAAGCUUCAUGAAGAAAGUGGUAAUCUUAAAUUUCAGUUUCAAAACACAAAGGAACUUCAGGAAGACGUCGACUAUCUGAAGAGCGAGCUGAAGGAAUGCAUGUCUGAAAAGGAAAAGUUAGAAGCAUCACUGAAUAUAAUAUCCGUAGAUUGUGAAGAAAUGAAGGAUGAGAAGGCCUCUUUUGCUGGUAAGAUCUCCGAUUUACAAAAAGUCUUGUCUGAGUUGGAGAAAAGCAAUAGAAAGAGAAUUUGCUUGGAAGAAAAAGUUGAGCAAAUGGAAAGUGAUUUAACCGAAAAGGAGAAAUUCUGCGCACAAGUGGCUGGUUUGAAAACUGAGCUUAGCGAAACUAAGAGAGAAAAUGAGCAAAAUCAGCAUAAAAUAUGUAAGAUGGAGGAAGAGAAGGAUAACUACUUGAGAAAAGUUCAAGCACUUGAAGCAGAAGUGAAAAUGAUGGAAGAGGAGAAGAAAUUAUAUGCUAAAAAGUUUGAACAGAAUGAUACUCCAAAGAGCGCCAAUAAGUACACUAACUUCAAUAGAGUACCUCAAAAGCUUAAUCAGUCGCAAGAACUUCUGAUGGAUCGACUUCAUUCAGAUCGGAAGUAUAGCGAAUCAGAGGGUGAAAAUGGUUCCACCGAUGGAAUUGCUUAUUCUGUUGAAGUGGAUUACUUGGCUAGAAUACAAUUGCUUGAGAACAAGCUUGCUGAAGCAUUAGAGGCAAAUAAGAAGUACAAAAUUCAGCUUCAAAGGUUUAAGACCGAGGAACGAAAAGGGCAUUCACCAUCUUCCAGGAAACCAGACGGGGACAGUGAAAUGGCGAAAAGGUUUGAACGUACGAAGACUUUACUAGAAACAGAAUUAAAAGACAUUCGAGAGCGUUACUUUCAAAUGAGUCUUAAAUAUGCUGAAGUAGAAGCACAAAGAGAGGAUCUUGUUAUGAAACUAAAGGCAGCUAAGAGCGGAAAGAGAUGGUUUUCUUGAAUCUCGCUAGCAUUUUUUGUGGAGUUUUCAUCCUAACCAUAGGUAAACUUGUCCAUGUUUUGAUCUAGCACAUAUAUUACUACUGUAAUUUAUUGUCAAAAUAACUGAAACAAGCUACAGGCAAUAAAGAAUUAGACCAAAUAAAAGGUGCAUAUGGUAUAAAAUGGAGUGACUAAGCUAGACAAGAAACUACACUAACAAAAUUGUGUAAUUUAUUCAAAGAUAUGGCAGUGGCAAAGCCUUUUUGCCUUUGAA